AUGCAGUGAUUACCAGAACCUUUCAACAUCGCAAACACCCAUUGCGCCAUGGAUGCCCCUCCUUUGCACAUAGCAAUGUAUCCAUGGUUUGCCAUGGGGCAUUUCACUCCAUUUCUUCACCUCUCCAACAAGUUGGCAAAGAGAGGGCACAAAAUCUCCUUCAUCAUACCGAAAAGAGCACAAACCAAGAUACAACAUCUCAACCUUCAUCCACACCUUAUAACCUUUGUUCCAAUCACAGUUCCUCACGUUGAAGGCCUUCCUCAUGAUGCUGACACCACUGCAGACAUACCCUUUUCUUUGUUUCCACUUCUUGCCACGGCCAUGGACCGAACAGAGAAACACAUGGAGCAUCUCUUAAGGGAAAUAAAGCCACAAAUUAUUUUCUUUGAUUUUUCAUUUUGGUUACCAAACUUGGCUCAAAGCUUAGGCAUAAAGUGUUUCCAAUACUUAGUAAUUAGUCCUGUAACUGUCGCUUACCUUCAAUCACAUGAAAGACAAAACGAAGGAAGAGACUUUACAGAGUUUGAUCUCAUUGAACCACCUUCGGGUUUCCCUGAUUCUUCCAUCAAGCUUUAUGCCCAUGAAGCUCGAUUCCUUGCUGCCUUUAGGAAAGUGGAGUUUGGAAGUGGUGUUCUAUUCCAUCAUCGUUUUGCAAUAGGUGCAAAAAAUUCACAUGCAAUUGGGUUCAAAGGUUGUAGGGAAAUAGAAGGGCCUUAUGUGGAUUAUCUUGAGGAUAUAUCUGAGAAGCCUGUUUUUCUCUCAGGACCUCUUUUACCUGAGACACCACACUCUACUUUAGAGGAAAAAUGGAUCGAAUGGCUUGGGGGAUUUAAGGCUGGUUCUGUUGUUUUCUGUGAAUAUGGAAGUGAAAGCACUUUGCAACAUAAUCAGUUUCAUGAGUUGUUGCUUGGUCUUGAACUAACUGGUUUUCCAUUUCUUGCAGCACUUAAGCCUCCUAAUGGAUUUGAGUCUAUUGAAGAAGCUUUGCCAGAAGGGUUCAAAGAAAGGGUUCAAGGAAGAGGGGUUGUAUAUGAUGGUUGGGUGCAGCAACAAUUGAUUUUAGGGCACCCUUCUGUUGGGUGCUUUAUAACACACUGCGGGUCAGGUUCUCUGACAGAAUCACUUAUAAGUGAGUGUCAAUUGGUGUUCUUACCGCGCCUAGGUUCUGAUUAUGUCUUCAAUGCACGAUUGUUGAGUAGAUCGUUGAAGGUUGGGGUGGAAGUGGAGAAAGGUGAAGAAGAUGGUUUGUCCACAAAAGAAAGUGUAUGCAAAGCUGUGAAGAGUGUGAUGGAUGAUGGUAAUGAACUUGGACAAGAAGUCAGAGCAAAUCAUGCAAAAGUGAGGAACUUGUUACUGGACGACAAUUUAGAGUCCUUCUAUAUUGAUAGUCUUUGUAAUAAGCUUCAAGCCUUAAUCUAAAUUCUGGGUUUCUUUGGCUGCAAAUGUUAGGAAUAAAUUAACUCAAAAGAGUCAUAUACGUAGGCUUAUCAAGCAUAAGCUAAUUUUAUUUCGUA